AUGCCCCUCGCACAGAAGUUGAAAUUCAAUAAUGGGCUGGAGAUUCCGGCUGUGGGACUCGGGACUUGGCAAUCCAAGCCGAACGAGGUCAAGGAGGCCGUCGAGGUGGCUCUCAAGUCUGGCUACACCCAUAUCGAUGCUGCAGCUGCGUACGACAAUGAGAAGGAGGUCGGCGAUGCCAUCAAGGCAUCCGGCGUCGACCGCAAGAACAUCUUCUUGACUAGCAAGUUAUGGAACACCCAUCAUAAGGCCGAGGACGUCGAGAAGGCAGUCGACGCGAGCCUCGCGGACCUCCAGACCGACUACCUCGACCUCUACCUUAUUCACUGGCCCGUCGCCUUCCGCAAGAUUAACGAGACGGAGCGCUUUCCCAUCAACGAGGAGACCUACGGCAUGGACAUUGUCGAUGUGCCCCUCCUCGAGACCUGGAAGGCCAUGGAGGCCCUCGUCAAGAAGGGCAAGCUCAAGACUAUUGGCGUCUCUAACUUCACGGCGGCCAAGAUCGAGGAGAUCUGGGAUGCAGCCGAGAUCAAGCCCGCCGCGAGCCAGGUCGAACUGCACCCUUACUUUGCACAGCCAGAUCUUGUCAAGUACUGCCACGACAAGGGCAUUGUCGUGCAGGCGUAUAGUCCCCUGGGCAACAAUAUCUAUGGCCUUCCCAAGGCAAUCGAAGAUCCAGUCGUGAUCGAGGCUGCUGAGAAGCUGGGCAAGACACCGGCGCAGGUGGUCCUCAGCUGGGUCGUGCAGCGAGAUAUCGUGGUGUUGACGAAAUCGGUGACGCCUGCACGGAUUAAAUCCAACCUGGAGGUCUUCGAGCUUCCUCCGGAUGUGUUCAACAAGAUCGAAGCCCUUGAUCGUAACCACCGCUAUAAUCUGCCUGCCAGAUUGGGAAUCGACAUCUUUGGGGAUGCAAAGCCUGGCGUGCUGGAGGAGGCCCUGGCAAAGUUCAAGGCGCAGAACAAGAAGGCUCGUGGGAUCGACUCGUAGAUACUUUGAAAUUCUUUCAUCAUCUGUGUACUGCAUCUAAAAAUCUAUGUAGCAUGAAAGGAUUCUCGCUGAGA